CUCCUCAGUGGUGCGAUCUACACACACACACACACACACAGAGAGAGAGAGAGAGAGAGAGAGAGAGAGAGAGAGAGCAUACCCUUUGCAGCCUCUGACAGCUCAGAAGUGACCCACUCCAGUCUGCAGCUCUCUUCCGUCCCGGUCUCAUAAAAUCAGCGAAUAAUGUGAAAGAAACAAAUCAGCGAAGAGUUUGAUCGCGUGACGUUUAUGAUUUUCUUCUUUGCGUUUGGUUGCGACUUUGGGAUUCGCGACGUCUCCAAGCGAUCCGCGCAGACCUCUCUCUCCUCAAGAGAUGCUGCCAUGUCCCGAGGGCUGUUCCCGCGAGUGAACGUGUGCUGGAUCGCAGCGCUGCUGCUCGCGCACCUGGACGUGGCGUCCGCCGCGCGCGCGCACACCUGCAGCGAAGUGAAAACGGCCUUCCAGCUGCGCCAGAUCGGGCCACUCAAGUGGGUACCGGAAGCACCUGCCACAGAUGUGAACCUGUUGGUGUGUAAGCAUGUUGGGCCAUCCUGCUGUACGCGUAAGAUGGAAGAGAGCUACAAAGUGGCAGCAACGAGGGAUACUGUGCAAAAUAUAAAGUCAUUCAUCUUCGAACUCAAAUUCCUGUUCUUGAACCAUGCUGCUAUCUUCCAGGAUAUGCACCAGUCUUUGUUCACUUUUUCCCAAGGACACCUGAGCUCACUUUUUGAGAGUACCUACACCUCUCUGACUUCUGGAAUUGCUCCUCAUGUCAUGUCCCUCUUCUCAAGUCUUUCCAACUUCAUCCAGGACACCUCCAACAUUUCUGUGGAUGCUGCUGUCUACCGCUUCUAUGACAACCUCUUCCUGCUAGUCCACAACCACAUUAUCAAGCCAGGCACUAUCGAGGAUAGUGACCUUUCUGAAUGCCUCCGUGCCACACGCCAGGAUGUGAAUCCAUUUGGCCAUCAUGCUCAAGAAAUGGUCAAGGAGUUAGCAGGUGCCAUGCAGGCAGCCAGGGCAUUAACAAGAGCAUUUUCCAUGGGUGAAGACUUGAUGAACAUCACAGAAGUUGCACCUCUAACCAACGAGUGCACCAGAGCACUUCUAAAGAUGCAAUACUGCCCACAUUGCCAAGGCUUAACCCUCAUACGGCCUUGUCCAGAAUUCUGCCUCAAUGUUAUGCGUGGAUGCUUUGCGAACAUGGCAGAGCUAGAUAUUCCAUGGAGGCACUACGUAGCUAUCCUGGAGGACCUCACACAAACCAUAGUUGGAGACCACGGCCUGGAACUUGCCCUGCUUGGGAUCAGAGAGCAUGUCAACAAUGCCAUAUUGCACGCACAGCAACAUGAAGCCAGGAUCAGUGCUACUGUGGAUAAAGUAUGUGGUCAUUCUUUGGCUGAGAACCAGAGUACUCACCCCACCACUGUUCAGAUGAUACCCACAGUAACACUUGCUGCAGAACCUACGACCAACCAGACAGACUACAAUUUCAUGAAACAGCUGGGAAAAUUAUCUGAUCUACGCAGCUCGCUCCCUCUGAAACCCACCAAACACAAUAAAGAUAGAAGUCUUAAACAGACUACUCGGGAGUUCAUGAAGCAUAUUGUGGGCUACAAGGCUUUUUUUGCAGCGCUGCCAGAGAUGCUGUGUGAAGGAGAGGUUGUGCGAGAUGAACCCUCUUGCUGGGGUGGAAACGAUGUAGUUGACAGUUAUAAAGGUCGAGUGGUGGGCAUUGGAGUUCUUGCUCAGAGACAAAACCCUGAGGUGAAAGUCAGAGGUCCAGAUGCUAUGCUAGCAGCAGUCAAGGAGAGACUUGGACACUUCAACCAGGAUAUUCAGCAGCACAUGCCAGGAAUGGGACAAAGGGAUUCAUGGGACCUAGGAAGUGGUGAGGACAGCAGUGGGGAGUGUGACGAUGAGGAUGGUUGCCAGGGGUCAGGAGAAGGCACAACUAAAUCCUCUAACACAGACUCGAGUGUUGACACAGAGGUGGUGGUGAAAUCUCCUCCUCAUGAGGCUCCUGUUGGACGCUCUAAACCCAAACUCCGCAACGCCGCUCAUCUUGUUCUCCCCUCCUUCACCACCCUCAUCCUUAUCCUGGGACAGCAAUGGACCUUGAACUAAGAGGAUGAAGAUACACAGAAAUAUAAAUGAAACACAAGAUCUCCUUCAGCCUGGAUGCUUAAGUCUAGCUCCAUAUUGUCUUCCAAGACUGCUGCCAUUUUUUCUGGCAGAAAAGAGCUAAUAUAUACUUAAAAGAUUUUCUCUUACAUACACAUGCAUAUGAUCAAGCAUAUCAAUAGUCAUUUUAAACAUAUUUUCUCAGAUUAAAUGUCCUUUAAAUAUCACAGCUUAACCUUUAAACAGUGAAAUGCAUGACAAAAGCAUUAAUGGACAAAGACAAUAACUGAUCAGCAGGGAAUGUUCUUGUUAUUAAACUGACACACAGGAAGAAAGAGAAAAAUGAAAUAUUAUUGCUAUGCUCAAUAUAGUCUGUAUAUAGUUAUGAUUCCAUAGUGAAUACAGUUUUAAUAUGGAAAUACCAAAUCAAAUUCCCAGCUAGUUUAACCCAGUUCAGUGCACACCAAAAAACACAUCUUUUCAACCAUUAUGAAAUGACACUUAUCGAUUCUACAAAAAAUCAUUAAUUACCUGUUAAAUGUUUGUAAUGGAAUGGAAACAUGCAUAUGCAUCAAAAAAAAAAUUUGUAAUACUGCAGAAUUCAUCUUGGUAUUAAUAUGUGUAAUAUGUCUUCAUGUUGUUUGUUCACAUUUACUACCUAGGUUACUACCAUUUUUAAAGGACUUGUUAAGUUUCCAUUCACUCUAACUUAUUAUUAAGUUCCAAAUUCCAAAAGAGUCCUGAUAGUAGACAGAAUUCUGUUUGCAAAUUCAUAGUUGAAGCUUCCCAUAUUAACAGGUUCAAGCUCCACUGCACAGUAAAAGAGAUUUCCAGUUGCCGUGAUGGAAAAAUCAUUAUUAUUUUACAUUUGAAUUAGCAAUGGUGGGAUCGUCAAACAUCAGUUCAGUUUUCCAUCCUUUAUUAUUUGCUUAUACAAAAUUUUGUUGCACACCUUUAUGUAUUUUUACAUAGCAAUCGGACAGCAGUUCCAAGUUUCAAGGACUGGUAAGGGAACUACUUGUGCUUCCCUUUCACCUUAUCAGCAUUAAAUGCACAAUGAACAUUAGCAUAGCAUAUGUAUAAAUGUAUAUAUUAGAUCAUUCACUGUUUUGUCUGUGUAUUGCUUUUUUUCUUUUAUAUUGUGAAAGGUGCAGUGAGACACAAUGAAUCCAUGUAGAGCUUCUGAGUUUUUUUUAUAAAGGAGCAUAUAUAUAUAUAUAUAUAUAUAUAUAUAUAUAUAUAUAUAUAUAUAUAUAUGUAUAUAUAUAAAGAAAUAGAAAUGUAUUUUUUCCUACUUCCCACACUUCUAGAAUGAUUUACAUUUGACAUUCCCUUGGCCUUGGAAUCUAAGAGACUGAAAAGCAAAAAAAAUGGACUAUAACAGCCACAUCAUUUUAAUCUGCAAAAUAUUACGUUUCUGACAUACUAACUUUUGCAUUAACAAGACUUUGUUGUCAAUUUGGAUAAACUGCAUAUGCAAAAGUAAUAAAUGCCCUUGGUUGUACUAGUUUGCACACAGAAAUACUGUCCCUGAAGUGACUUAGUAAGUCACAUUGCAAGUGCAGCAUGUAUCGGUUUGCAUCGAUGCUACCGUAUAUUUUGCACCUUUAGGUUGAAACAGCCUUGCAUAUUGCAUAUUCAAUAAGAUAUGUUUGCCUUGUUGGUAGAUGAUUUCAUAGUAAUUGAACAUGUUUGCACAUGUUUUUUGCACAAGUAACCCUUUAAUAAAUCAAUCCCUAACUGUUUUUAACUACUGAACAGGAAUGAAACAAUGGAUAAAGUGUAAUGAUAUACGGUUUGUUAUAUCUUUUAUUUUGACAAUUUUCUUAAUUGACAAAAUACAGUAUAUUACUAGUAGCACUGUUUAUGUUACAAUAAUUAUGUUACACUUGGCUCAUGAUACACAGGUUCCUUUCAGUCUGACUGUCCUUUAAUUUUUUCAGUGAUCAGGUAUGUCAUCAAGAUAAUAGUUCAAUAUAAAUUACACAGCCUUAGCCAAAAGUGAAAACAUGUUUCUUUGGAUUUAAAAUGAAUUGAGAAUGAUUUAUUUAACAAGACAUGGAUGUACAUCUGAAAACAUGACUGUCAGUUAACUGUCAGUUAGCUGAAUGUAUGAGAGCUUACCUUUCUGAAUGUAACAUUUCUACAUUACAUGUUAAUGCAAGUCAGCUACAUGCUUAUUUUAAGUACUUUAUGGUUUUGACUUAAUAUGCUGUUGUACAAGUAUGGUGGAUACUUUUAAAAGCCUUAUUUGCUUUUGUUUGUUUGAACAGGGGUUAAUGUCAUGAGUCUGGGGUCUUGCCAUAAAGUCAUUAUUUCUACAAUUUCAUUAAUACAUUGUUUUAAAUAAAUCUCUAAAUUUCA